AUGUCCUUCUUCGGUAUGGAUCCACAGAAGAAAAAUUAUGCUGCAAAACAGUCACAACAAGGUUUGUUGGUGCUGAACCAUGAGUAUCUGCAACAAUCGCAGUUACACACGCCAGGCGGUACGAUUACGGUAGAUGGUAAACGCCCUGAAGACCAGAUUUUACGUGAAGUAAAUGCACACGGGGUAUCGGUGGUCGAAAUCCAGAAAGACGCGAACACUCAGGCCGUCAAAAUCAACCUAAACUCACCAUUUAACCGCCGUAUUACCGCUGCCACUGAAAUGGAAUUACGUGGUCCGGCACGCGGUUCAGACCUGAUGAAAACCCGUUUUUCGCCUGCAGGCACCCUGACGCGCGGUACCUUUGCCAACUGUGGUAAUGGUUAUACCCCGUGGGGAACUUAUCUGACUGCGGAAGAAAACUGGAGCGGCUAUUUCUCCCGUGACGAAGGCGAUGUACGUACAGAUGCCGAGCAAGUUGCUUUGUCGCGUUAUGGUCGUGGCGGUCCGGCAACCAGCCAGUAUCGCUGGGAUAAAACCGAUGCUGAACUGACGGGUGAGCGCGAUCUGUAUGAUCGCUGGAAUAUUACUGCACAGGCGGAUGGCAGUGCCCUUACUGACUACCGUAAUGCCAUGAAUACCUAUAUUGUCGUGCAUGCACGUCUGGCAGCCGACUAUAUUCAAGCCACUAAAAUGGACCGUCCGGAAUGGGUAGCAGUAAACCCGGAAAAUGGCGAAGUCUAUGUAACGCUUACCAACAACAGUCUGGAUGAUUUAAAUGACUUCUCCAGCCCGGAUGGCAUGUGGUUCGAUCCGCGCGGAAUUCUGUGGAUUCAGACCGAUGAUGGUCAGUAUACCGAUGAAACCAACUGUAUGAUGCUGGCAGCACUGCCAGGUAAAGUAGGUGAUGGAACCAAAGCGCUUGCUGCCAGCACCAAGGCA